ACAACUACGCAACCUGAUAACACCCAUCUCGGCCAUAGGUCAUCGUCUUUUUAAACAUAUCCCAUCCAUCAGCGAUACUUCCCAUUCCACACUCCACCAACAUCGCAAGACAAGAGACCUGAACCAGGCGUCGGCAUCGUCGCCUUAUCUCAACGGAACCUCUAAGAGCUUUGCAGCCAUGAAGCUCUUCUCCGCCCUCCUCCUUUCCCUGGCUCCUCUCCAAAUUUGGGCUGCUUCUCUGCCACUCUUUGGACAGUCUCCUAUCAAGAGCUUGGAGGAUACCUUUCCUGUCGCCGGCGAGAACCCACUUGAGUACUGCGCAGACCCGAAGAAUGAUAUUCUCCAGAUUGUCUCCGUGAACUUGACUCCUAACCCACCACUUCCUGGCGAGAUCCUCAAAAUCGAAGCAGAAGGCAUAUUCCUCGAGCCCGUUGACAAAGGAUCCAAGAUUCACCUCCAAGUCAAAUACGGUCUUAUCCGAUUGGUGAACGUGGAGGCUGAUCUGUGUGAAGAAAUUGAGCAAAAUACGGACCUCAAAUGCCCUCUUGAGGGACACAAGAAGUUUGUCAAGGAAGUUGAGAUUCCCAAGGAAGUUCCACCUGUAAGUCGAAACGAAGCCUUCACAAAAACAUUACUGUGUCCUUACUGAUUUGGGACAAUAGGGCAAAUACGCUGUUCUUGCUGAUGUUUAUACACCAAACAAGACCCGCAUCACCUGCCUUCAAGCUCACGAUAUCAUCUUCCAGUAAUGCUGUAAUUAUGUGUCUAUGUUGAUGUGAAUUCUCUCCUUGAUUGAUUAUACGCUCGUGCCUUCCUUGUUAUGCAACACAAGCUCCCGCUAAAUUGACCUCUAUGACUGUCUAUCCGCAGCGUUCUGUUUAUGCUCUCUUCCCCAUUCCAUGCCUUGCUAUUGAUUAGUGUCGUCGUCGUUGUGCCGCCUAGAUUCUUGGCUGGUUUUCCCUCUUCAGUUUUUAAUAUUGUUACCGAGUACAACCAUCAUGCAUAUUUGAGAUUCAGUUCUGUUUUCUACGGUGAGAUAAAUAUCAAUUUGCUCACUGUGUCUUUUCUUAAUGUAAAUAGCUGCAUCGUGUGAGAUACUCACUCCCCUAAUUAUAAAGACUUUCAGUCUUUACAAACAUC